UGCAUACGUUAAUAUAACUUUAAAAAUGAUCUAACACAAAUUCUAAGUUAGUUUCUAAUAGAAUCAAUGAUCAAAAUGUAUAUAAGUGAUACUUUUAAUGAGAGAGGUUAUGAAAGAAAAUAAUAAAAUAAACUUUAAACAUUUCUAAAUAAUAACCUUUACAAUAGUAAUGUAGUACAAAUGUAAUUCCAUAGAAAUGAUACGAGAAUAUUACAAGUCAUUCUAUAAAAAAAAAAAUCAUUUAAAUGUAUAAUUAUUUUGUAAAACUUAUUAUCUUCACACGUAUGUAAAAGUGUUAGGACGUAUUAACAAGUAGACUGACCUCUUUGUGAUCAUUCGAACCACUUACAAUUUGUUUUUGUAUAUAUACUGCAUUUGUUUCCAAGAAAAGUAAUGGAUGACUCUACUGGUAUAUAUAAUUUUAUUUUUAAUUGAAAAGAAUUAUAAAAUAUAAAUAUAUAUUUACAUCUUGAUGUAUAUAAACUUAAUAGAUAUAAGUGCAAAGGAUUUAAAGAAGCAAGAGAAAUUCUUGUCAACUGGUUGUCCUAAAAUAGACAAAAUAUUAAAUGGUGGCAUUCCUUGUCAAGGUAUUACACAAAUUUAUGGCGCAGCUGGUACUGGAAAAACCCAAUUAGCUCUUCAAUUAUGUCUAACUGUACAAUUACCUUUAACUGCAGGUGGCUUUGCUGCUGGUGCAAUAUAUAUUUGUACCGAAUCUACUUUCCCAUCAAAACGGUUAUAUGAAUUUAUUAAGAAUUUAGAUGCCAUUAAAAACUAUGACAAUAUAAAUGGUGACAUCGUAUUCGUGGAACACAUCGCAACUAUUGAAGACUUAGAAUCAUCUCUGAUAUAUAGAGUACCACUGUUAUUAAAAAAACAAAAUAUACGUCUGCUAAUAAUUGAUUCUAUAGCUGCUCCAUAUAGAGUAGAAGAAUGGAAUGAUGAAUUAAAAAACAGAUCUAAAAGUUUAAGAACUGUGGGACAACAGUUACAUAAAUUAUGUCAAAAUAAUGAUAUUUGUAUAGUUUGUCUGAAUCAGGUAUCAGCAGUUAUAGAAAAUAGGAACAAAUACUGUGACAUUAAAGAACAACCUGCUUUAGGAAUAACAUGGUCAAGUAUGGUAACUAAUUCUAUAUAUUUAUUUAGAAAAGACUCUAUUCGUUAUGCUACUACUUUCUCACCUUAUUUGCCAUUCAAAACUAUACGAUAUGAGAUAACUACGUCUGGAGUUAAGGGAAUAGAAUAAUAUAUAUUAUAGUGAAACGUUAAUAUAUAAUGUCAAAUUAGAGAUAUUUUUUAUUGUGCAAGU